AUGCAGUCACAAGCAACAAAACUCAAUGAUGUAACCAAGAAAUUAACAGAAAUACCCCAAGUGCAACCUCAACCGCCAACCUCAUAUAGCGAGGCAGUUACCAGAACCCCAUUACCCACCCCAGGACCAGCAGACCAAGCCAUAGCCAGGGCAGCAACCCGCGCAAGACAAAUUAUGAUCGAUCUCACCCCAGGCAACCUUCUAUUUCCACUAGGCACUAACCACGCAGAUAUAGUAUCCAAGACCCGUGAAGUGCUAGGAAAAGUAAAACCCGAUAACUUUACAAAAAAUGAUGACAUCAAGGUGAUAACCCAACUCCAGAAUGGAGGAUUAACCAUCAAACUAACCAUGAAAGCACUAUCAGACUGGUUACGCUCUCCAGAAGGCAGAGCAGCAUUAAUGAAAGAACUCAACCUCCCAGCCAACUUCUGCGAACUAACCUUAGGUCUUGUCAUCCAAUACCUCCCAACUAACCUGCCCAUAGAUCGUCAAGACUUCCUAGACCUAAUCACCAAGGAAAACCAGUUGAACAGGGAACACCUCUCAACCAUAUGCUGGAUCAAACCCCCACACCGCCGACCAGCCUCUCAACUCUCCACUAUGGGUACAACAAUUCAGAUGGUCAUUCUGAACAAUGUGUUGGGUCUUGCAGAACCUAGCUGCUAUCCGACCCUAAAGGGUUUCUGGACCAGGCUCAGGCUCAGAGGAGAGGAAAUAUAA